AUGCGAGCGCACCACCAGUUUGAGGUGGUUAAGCCGCAGGAACUCCUCCGUGAUUGGGGCGAGGUACUCCGCGCCACAACCACGCUUGCUGGUGCGCCAGUGCUGCCCCUGAUGCCGCAGCCCGAGCUGGCGCGAACGAAACUUCUCCACCGGGUCGUUCCAGAGAAUGUCUACAACGAUCUGCUCCGCCUCUGUUGUCUGCCCCGCGGUCGGGAUGUCCCGCAUCCGACCCACCGCAUCGAUGUGUUCGAGCGUCACCGCGGUCCGCGGUACGCCACCGUGCACAAUGAGGAUCGUCUCGUCCAGCACUGUCAUCAGUGGCAUCGCCUCAUAGCUGGCGACGAGCAGCUCCAUGAGCUGCUUCGCGUCCUCCAGGCCGUACUUGCCGUAUACCUCCGUCUGGAAGCCGUACUCCGCGUUAACGCGGGAGUCCUCGUGGUUGCCGCGGUUGAUGAAGACAAACGACGGAAAUGCACACAUAAGGGAGAAGAUGUACAGAAUUACCUCCAUGCCGUUCGGUCCACGGUCAACAAAGUCGCCGUUGAAGACAAAGUACCGCUGCUGGUUUGGCAGGUGGCCCGUGAGGGCAAGCACCUCGAGAAGAUCCUUCAUCUGGCCAUGGAGGUCGCCAAUGACAACAACGUCACCCUCCUCUGGAACUGUCACGCGCUGCACAAGCGGGCGCGCGGUGAGAAUGGCGAUUGCACUCGAGACGAUGCGCACCGCCGUGGCGAGCUCUACUACCGCCCCCGACGUCGCCGUCUUCGCCACCGUCUCGAACUCCGCAAUGGAGAUGCCACCCCCCGUUUUCCCAAUUGCGGCUGCAGCUGCCGCGGCUGCUGUUGA